CGUAAGAUUAAGAACAAUAAAGCUUAGAAAAUCAAAUUAGAUACUGAGAAAUAGAGACUAAAUGUUGUAUUGUAUUUACCACGGGGGCCAUCUUCCCGAUAGUUUACUCAAAAUACUAACAAUCGCGUUUUGGUAAUGAAACAAAAACUGUUCCAUUAAGGUUGGAACAAUUUGAUUGAUGUUGCCACGUAACAAGCAUAUGUAUGUGAUCACCUGCCAAGAAUCGAUGCAGUUGUAUAAAUUGGCUAAGUAAGAUAAAUUACCGGCAACGGGAGCUCAGGUUCGAGUAGAAAUUGAAUACUGAGACGCUCCAAACAGUUACUUUUAAGAAUGGAUCUGGCAGAACAACAGUUGCAAGAAAUGUUGAAUGAAUUCAAUUCAAGAAGCCAAAUCACUGCUGUGCUGGAGUCUGGGCUUUAUGCGUUUAUUUUAUUGUUGUUGUUCGUUGGAAACUUUGCAACUCUCUUUGUUAUUGCAUUAAACCACAGAAUGAGGACGAUCCCAAACAUGUUCGUUGCGUCUCUUGCCAUUUCCGACUUCCUCUUAGGGGCGCUUUCAGCGUGUCCUAUAGCCCUUACCACAUUGGUGAAAUCUCGGUGGCCUUUCAACGACACAAUAUGUCAGUACCAAGGAUACGUCGCGGUAACUUUAGCUGUUACUUCGACACAAACGCUAGCAUUGACAGCAGUGAACCGAUAUUUUCGAAUCGUUAGCCCAGCAAAAUAUCGUCGAUACUUCACUGAGAAGAAAACGCAAAUCAUGAUUCUUGCUUCAUGGUUCUAUUGCAUGUGGGCGCCAUUGCCGUACCUCUUAAAAGGCAACAGAAUGGUGUUUCAUCCUGCUAAGUUCUUCUGUUAUCUUCAGAUCGAUAGCGGUCCUUUUACAAUAUUUUUAGUAACUGUGUACGUAGGAUUGCCAACUUGUGUGGUAUUCUUCUGCUACCUUAGAAUAUUCCAAACUGUGCGUAGCCAUAACAGCAACUUCCAAACCAUAGACGGGUCAAGCAACACGGUCAAUGUGGAAGAAAUCAAGAUCACCCGCACGCUGUUUGUAAUCGUUGUCUUUUUUAAUCUCUGUUGGACCCCGAUCUUGCUGAUAGACAUUCUGGACACGAUUCGUGGGAGAUGGUCUCUUCCUCGAGAAGCUUAUGUGGCAUACAGCUUUUUAGGCACAAUUAGCAGUGCGCUGAACCCUAUUAUUUAUGGUGUGAUGAAUAAGAACUUUCGGAGGGAAUAUCUCAAAAUUAUUCACUGCACCUUCUGUCGCUCGCAAGUGGUCGUAGAACCAUUGCAUUCAAAGACAAACCGAACAAGUACGGCGGUUUCAACCGUGUGAAGUUACGAUUUGUAAUUAAGCUUAAAUGGUUAAAAUCGGCAAGGAAACUUGAAUUUUUUACCUACUUAAUGGUGGGUAAAGAAGAAGACAAAAGAAACUGACAAUUUGCAAAGGACGAUCAGAGCAUACGGUUGUAAACUCCCAAAGCUUAGAAAAGCGAUGUUCUAAUUCAAAGCUUGAAGAGUCACCUAUAGAAGCGCUAUUAAUAGAUAUUUGAAGCACCUGUCUUU